CGCGCUUUAAAACUUUGCAGCCCGGUUGCAAGAUUUGGUGGUCUGAAUUUUACGACAUAUCAGGAAAGAAAUUAAAAAAGAUGAGCGACCGGUUAAAAGAACUACGAGAAAGAUCACAGAAACGCAAGCAGCUUCUGGCUCAAGCGUUAGGAGUUGACAGUCCAGAUGAUCUGAAAGGAGUUCUCAAAAGUAAAGAGGAAAUUAAGCAAUCUAAAGCAGAAAAGCAAUCAAGUUCUGAUACUUCUACCAAAAAGAAAUCAAGACGAUCAAGUGUAGAAAAAUCUAGUGAACAACAUGAGAAAGAAGGAAAUGAGAAAAAAGAAGAGCAGUUUGAAACAGAUGAGAUUUACACAGACUCUAGUGCUUUUCUGAAGGGUACCCAGAGUGCAAAUCCACACAAUGAUUAUUGUCAGCAUUUUGUUGAUACUGGAGAACGGCCUCAGAACUUUAUACGAGAUGUUGGCCUUGCUAACAGAUUUGAAGAAUAUCCGAAGCUACGUGAACUAAUCCGGUUAAAAGAUGAGCUCAUAUCACAUACAGCAAUACCUCCAACGUAUAUGAAAUGUGACCUUGAGAUGUUUGAACUAUCAGAACUAGGUUGUCCGUUUGAUGUGAUUCUAUUGGAACCUCCACUACAAGAAUAUCAGAGAGCACAGGGUGCUGUGUUUGACAAGUACUGGGACUGGGAUGAGAUAGAAAGAUUAGACAUACCUUCUGUGGCAGCACAGAGAUCUUUUAUAUGGAUAUGGUGUGGUAAUGCUGAAGGUCUGGAAAGGGGUAGACAGUGUUUGAAGCUUUGGGGAUUCAGGAGAUGUGAGGAUAUUUGUUGGAUAAAGACAAAUAUACAAAAUCCUGGACACAACAAAAAUCUUGAACCAAAUUCUGUACACCAGAGAACAAAGGAGCACUGCCUCAUGGGUAUUAAAGGAACUGUGAAGAGAAGUACAGAUGGAGAUUUCAUACAUGCAAAUGUUGAUAUAGAUCUAAUAAUCGAGGAAGAACCACCAUAUGGCAGCAAAGACAAACCUGUAGAAAUAUUUCACAUGAUUGAACAUUUCUGUUUAGGAAGACGUAGGCUCCACAUAUUUGCUAGAGACAGCACCAUCCGUCCUGGCUGGCUGAGUGUUGGUCCUGAAUUGACUAGUAGUAAUUAUGAUCGUGAGAGAUAUAUGUCAUAUUUCUCUGCAGACACUGAUCUCACCACUGGAUGUAGUGAAGAGAUUGAAAGAUUGAGACCCAAGUCACCAGUGCCAAAAAAUAAACAAAUGGGAGGUGCCCCAAGGGGUCAAAGAGGAGGAAGGGGUGGACCUCCUAGAGGUGGACCAAUGGGACCUGGUAGGGGUGGUAGAGGUAUGGGAAUGAAUAGAGGUCAGCCAAGGGGUAUGAGGGGGAUGGGAAGAGGUCCUCCAAGGGGUGCAUUUCGUUAAUGUCUGAUAGCAUUAUGAUAAGUGUAUGAUAUACAUGUAUAUUACCUGUAAAACAAGUAUUCUACAUUGAAUGUCAGUAAUGCUAAGGAAUUAUGGCCUUGGGUCCUUUGUGAAAAUUCUUUUGUAGAUAAUGGAAAUGAUAGUUAAUGAAAUGGCUCAAAUUGGCACUGGAUAAUUUUUACACAUGAUACUUUUUUAUAUGACUCAUUAUCAGUGGUCUUAAUGUAAUGAAAAUAACUUUUUGUUUAAAUAUAUGCGUUUAAAACUGCAUGCCUCCAGAUGAGUCUAAAUAUGUCAAGAAAACUUGAACAAAAUGUGCAUUGUACUAAGAUUUUAAGAAAGUAAAAAGAUUCACGUCAUUAUUUACAUUAUGUUGGAUUAAUGAUAAUUUUGCAGCCAACACAGUAAGGGCUGUUUAUGCGUAUUUUAAUCUCUUUUUGGUACUUUAUUUUGAUUAUAAGAGCCAUUUGCAAUGUGUAAAUUUCUAUCUUUGUUCACUUCGCAAUAUUUUUACUUUUAAUUACAUUGCAAAAUUUUCAUGAAAAACAUUAUGAAUCUGGAGGCAUGCUGGAGUAAGAUAAGUCAUUUAUAGAAAAAAUGCUUAUCAAUACCAAGUUAAAAUGCUAAUAUUACAAAAUAGAUUUUUUUUUAAACUGUGAAGGUUGUUGGCUCAUAUGUUUUGAUAUUUUUGGGCACAAAGAAGUGGUCUUAAAAUACAACUGUAAUGAAAAGAUAAUUAUAGUGAUGCACCAAUUUAUUUAUUAUCUAACACACAUCAAUAUACAUGUUUGUACAAUGAAAUAUGCAUGUAGAAAAUUAAUGAAUUGUUAUUUGAUAAAAUAUUAAUUCUGAUGUAAAUUUGUGCAUGUCAAUACAGAAAAUGCAUUAAAAGUAAU